UCAAAUAUGGGCACGAAUACUAUAUCUAGACUUUUCCUAUCGGAGUUGUUAUUGUUCACCAUUCUUGGAGGCUUUCCGUUUUCUGCUCAAGGAAUUCCCUUCCAAGCUGGAAAUCUGAAUAUAUCAAAGACCUUACAGGACUGGAGCUGUAGCAGUGGGUGUACGCCUUCUUUUCACUGUCGGUUGCCGCGCUGUACGAACGUUGUGUUCCCUACUGCUUUUAGUGGGAGGGUCCAAGUUUACGUGACGGUUAGCCAUGAUGAGAAGUUUUCGCGCGUCCAUUCACCCUCAGCUGUGUGGGUUCAGUCUGUCACUACACGUGGCUUUGAGGUGUGUGCACGUGAGUCAGGCAUUGGAUCAAAUGGAACAGGAAUUAUCAACUGGUUGGCUUUCCAAGGUCAUCCACAAAUGACGCGUGGUAGCGUUACUUUUAGCGGAAUAUGGACAACGGAAACAAAAUGCGACAAGAUAAAUUUAUCUCAGGGAUUUGUUGGAACACCUCACGUCUUUGUGUCAGCAAAGUAUACACGAGACACAAAGCCAGAUGAUGCCAUGUAUGUUUGGUUAGAAAAUGUCAGUUCUAAAAGUUUCGAGGUUUGCAUACGUGAAUUCUUACCGUUUGACGGGAAACAUCAAGACACAGUUGUGGACUGGUUUGCGUUCACUGGUAAUGGUUCUGAGUUCAACUUUUCGAGAGCAGGUGAAGUGAAUUUCCCAAAUAGUGGCAUCCCUAAAGCUGAAAAUAACUAUGGUUUCUGCCAGAAAGCGCACUUCAACACCACCUUUUAUGCAUCACCAAUUGUUCUUAUUUCUGUCCAUCACUUCUACAACCCUCAAGUCAGUGUGAAGAGUUCCAGUUCCCCAGAAAAUAACAUUGUUACAGCAUGGGUCGAGGAAGUCGGUCUAACAUCUAUGACGAUUUGUGUUAAAGACUUAAGCGGAGCUGGGAGUAAACAUGAUCCACUUUCCGUGAGCUAUGUCGUGAUUGGAGACAUAGAUCCAUGCCUUGGCGUUUACUGCCCAUCUUUUGGAGUUUGCAAAACUUACAGCGCCCAUGAAGCUCGCUGUGUGUGUAAUGACAAUUGUCCGUCCUAUCAAGAUCCGGUGUGUAGCGCAAACGGAACAACGUACGACAAUGAAUGUCGGUAUAAGUUGAGCUACUGCAGGGGACUGGACAAUAAUACGAUGUACCAUCCAGGAAGCUGUGAGGGUUUUCCAUUCCUGCGCGGCCGUGUUGAACUCCUUCACGUUCCAAAAUGGUCUGAGUCAGGCUGUAAGACAGUCAUUUUCCCGCCAUACCGAUUUUACCCAAACAAAGACGUCCACGUUCAACUUACUGUGAACCACAUCAACCUAAAUGACUCCGUGACAGUACAUCACGCAAUCACUUUAUGGACAGAAAACGUCAACACUCAAAAUUUCACAGUCUGCGCCAUGCAAGCCGGAAGGAAUGGAAACAACUUUAACCCAUUUGCGACUGUGGACUGGAUGGCCUACCAAGGAGCACCGAUAAAUGCGGUGGGUGGAAAAAUUAAGGUUCAAAAAUGGUGGUCUGGGACCAAAUGCGAAGAUGUGACCUUUCCUAAGGACAUGUUUAAGGAAGAUCCAGUAACUCUUGUGACGGCUGAACACGUAAGGACUGGAAAAAAGUACGAUGCUGCUUUAAUAUGGACAGAGGAUACAACCAAAACCUCAUUUAAAGUUUGCCUCCGUGAAAUGCAAAACUUUGAUGGAAAACACGAAGACAUAUACGUGGGUUGGUUGGCAUUUUCUAAGCUGCGCAAACCUCUCUUCACUGAGUAUGGCUCUGUAAAGUUUCCAAACACGAAGCAGCCAUCAGACGAAAGCAACAAUGCCUAUUGUGAGUUUGUGCAUUUUACAAGGAGCUACAACGUGACACCAUCAGUUUUAAUCACAGCCAAUCACAGCACCUCAGAAAGUGGAAAUUCGGCAGCGGUUCACAAUGGAAUAACAGCUUGGAUUGAGAAUAUGAACACAACAGGCUUCAGAACCUGCGUAAAAGAAGUGUAUGAAACUCGAUAUGAUCCACUCUCAGUCAGUUAUGCCGUUGUGACAGAUAUAUGUGAUCCAGGGUGGAGUUAUUUUAAUGGUUACUGCUACUUCACGAGUGAAACCUGUACAAACUGGACAAACGCAUUAAAAAAAUGCCACGACAAGAAUUCAGUCCUUAUUGAUGUCAAUACCAAUGAAGAAAAUGUCUACAUACAACAUCGCCAUAAUGGAGAUAAUUCAUGGCUGGGUUUGAAUGACAGAUCAACAGAGGGCGACUUUACUUGGGUGGCCCAUGGACAUGGAAAUUUUACAGCCUGGGCCAAAAAUCAGCCAAAUAACUUCAAAGAGGAGGAUUGUGUGCACGCACUUGGUGUGAAAUACAAUUAUGAAUGGAACGACGUGCAGUGUAGUGAUUGUCAUCAGUUUACUUGUAAGAAAGACUUGAACGAAUGUAAUAAAGAGACGCAUCACUGUGACCAGAGUUCGUCUUGCUCUAACACGCAGGGUUCGUACAAGUGCGCGUGCAAUCAAGGACACGUUGGAGAUGGAUUUUCUUGUUAUAGAUACGCAAGAGGCUUGGAAUACUCAAGUAUCGUGGGAAACAGUCAGUAUUUCCUAACCUGGCUUAGUGAAUGGUUGGAGCCUGUGACUCGCUCUUCUUCUUACUGGAAUCGUUGCUAUCGGGCUUCUGUAAAUGGCUGGUCCACCUAUAACUUCCACUCGUGUUGUGAUGGUAAAGGUCCCUCGGUUACUAUCAUCCGGGUGGGAAAAUAUAUUUUUGGGGGAUACACAAGUUAUUCAUGGACUUACAGUUGUGCGUACCGGUACAGUGCAUCGGCCUUUGUGUUCUCAUUGGUUAACAAGCCAGGCUGGGUACCAGUGAAACUGUCUCAAACACGACAGUCUAUUUCUGAUCCCACUUCCACAUACAGUUGUUCAAGGUAUGGACCCACAUUUGGUGGAGGACACGCUAUUUGCAUCGCAAGCUACGCCUCAUCCAACAAAAAUUCUUACUCAAACCCUGGAUACACUUACAGUCCACCAUCUGGCCACAGUUAUGGCAGCUCCUUCGCCCGAUCGUUCAUGGCAGGAAGUUACAAAUUUCAACCUGAUGAAGUUGAAGUGUUUUAUGAAACUACUUGAAAGAAACGAACCUCAGGGAUACUACUCUUGUCUCGAUUUUUGCAAAAACAAUAAUCUUGAACAGAUGGUUAUUCAAUCGUGCUAAAAGCAUUCGGAUGUUAGCAUCAGUGUCCAAUAGAGAGUUAGCAUAUCCUGAGAGAACUUUUGCGAAUGACAAAUACUGAAGCCCUGACAGUUAGUAAUUUACAAUCACUUCAAGACAGAAGAAUCAUAGCGUGCGAAAGGUUUAUUACCAGUCUUAAAUCAGAUAACUCUGCGCACAAGCUCGUUAGAGGUCGCAUAGUAGAUACUCAAUAGUUACGCAUUAAGAUCUAGAGAAAGAAAUUUAAAUAUCCGUGGCACCUCGACCAUCAGGUUUAAGAACUUCAUUUAAAACAAGUACGCUUUAUGCAUUACACGUGACUAGUUUUGCCAUUAUUUUGUCAUUAUAUACUUGUUGGUUGCUAAUACAAUCAAUUUUUCCCUAGCUAUAUAUUUUGUGUUAUUGCUUUAUUAUUCUU